GAAUAAUAGAUGGCAUGGGGGAGCCUUUAAGGGACAAGUAUUACGAGGCUGACAGCACCAUACAGCUUCUGUGUAUCGUACGUCAUAUAGCGAUGCAAAUGCAAUAUAGUGUGGUCCAGUGGCUCCAUGGAAACCGAACGCUAAAUUACGACACCACUAGAGGAGGAAUUAGUGUCAAAACCAAUCUGAUGGAAGAGGGAGCCAACUCGACAUUGAGUAUAGCAAGGGUCGGUCCAGCGGAUAGUGGAAAUUACACAUGCGUCCUUACGACGAUGCUCGAGCAGCCAGCGACAGUGCACGUGCACGUUUUAAAUGGAGAAAGCUUAGCCGAGCUGCAUCACGGUAGGGCGAACAGCAUGAAUCAUCCACGGGUCGAGCUGAGUAUUUUAAGGCUGCUACUGCUGCUGGGGCUGAGCCUCGCCUGGCUCCUGCCGAGAUGAAGAAACGCCCGUGGACGAUGCUCGUGUCACGACUCGAGCGGUACAACGGCAGAGGAGGAGAAGCAGGUGUGAUUGGGAGGGCACGAGUCGGUGGGACGGAAGAUGAAAAGCAGGAGGAAGGAGUAACGGAAGCGAGCUAUGCGCUUCUAUAGAAGCUUAUGUACGGUCGGGGACGGAGCGCGAGAGUGUGGCUUUGAAAGAGACGCUGUUCAUGUGUUGUCUUACUCUCGACGGAAUUGCAAUUUUACGUGAUUUGUGGGAAGCGAAAUGUGAUAUAAAGGACGUACAGUGCGACGCCUGUCCCAUCAUCCCACAUUAUUGAACGGGCGCAAAAAGAGAACGAAUGCGUUUGAGUGUAAAGGACUCCCGGUCCGGAAGAUGAAACACGGAUAAGAUAAUGGCUGAGACUUGGAGAGAAAGUGUACUUUUAGGGUGCUGAGAUUUACAAAGCGAUACGCUUGCGUUACGACACGCGAGAUGGUAAAGCGAAGUAAGGCUA